UUCUGGGAACCAGUACCCCAGUCUUCCAGACGGCCCUCCAGUACAGCAGGAAAUAUGAAGCCAAAGAGAAAAGUUCUGUUUGGGGAAGACCAGGACUCACUCUACCGGCCCAGUAUUCUGCUUUCGUCAAUGGAAUCGCAAUUUGUCCCAGGAAGUUUUAAACAUCUCCGAACUUCUCAGCAGGGUUUAACAUCAGCGCUCAUUCACCUUUUAUUCUUCAUCCGCUCCAAUCUCGCUGUGAUCGUGUAUGUGAAAGGUGCACUUUUUCCAAACGCAGGUGAUGUUUUCUGCUACUUCCUUCCAUGUGGUUUUCCUUCUUCUUGUAAGAAGAUGUGCAGUCCCCCGUUGAUGGGGAAACUCCCCAUGGCCUCAUUCUGCCAUGAUCAAUCUUUUGCACUUUGCCUGGACUUUAACUAGACCUCUCACGUGAUUUCCAGAAAAGUCUGUGUAUUUUGAGGUGGUUCUUCUUUUCCAGCCCCCCAUACAAGCUGCGCUUGUGAAAUGUUGCUGACGCUGGGCUGUCAGGCCAUUCUCAGCCAUUGAACUCUUUGAAUGCUUUUUCUUUGUGAUCAUCUGCCUUUCCUCAGCUCUCUCACCUUCUAGUUUGCACUUUGCAUUUUGAAGAACUGACUUUUCUGACUAUUUAUCCAAAUGUCAUUUAUCCAAAAGUAAGAUUUUGGUUGAAAAAAAAAUAGCCUGCUACUGCAAUGGCUAAAUAAGUAUAUAUUCAUGAAAUCAUUCUUUAAUAGUUUUUUCCCUGCUUAAUUUUUUUUGAAUGUGUUUGCAGUAGAAUGCCUUUAUAAGUUGAGUUAUUAACAGAUAUUUAUUCAUAACCUAAAGUGCCUUGAAUCGAAAUUCAACAGCUACAAGACAUACAAAUGCAAGUGUCUGAGUAUGUAUACCUUUCACAGGGAGCAGAAUAUAUAUUUAGAUUGCGCUUUUAAUUUGUCACUGAUUUUACUGGCAGACACCGUCCUUCAUCAUUUGUAGCGGCUGUCAUCGCUGAUGCGGCUUGUUUCCAUGGUUAUGGGGGAGGUGCGUGUUGAUAAAGCAGGGCGUGUGAAUCGGAGUGGCAGAGCUCAUCUCCCCCCGCCCCCCCCCGCAGGUGCACGCCAUGGACUUUGAUGACACCUGGCAUCCGGCCACGCACCCCUCGGGGGCCGUACUGCCCGCUCUUCUCGCCCUGGCCGAGACGUUGCCCGACAAACCUUCUGGAUUACAACUCCUACUGGCCUUCAACAUUGGCAUCGAGGUGCAGGGGCGCCUUAUGAGAUUCUCCAAUGAGGCGCAGCACAUCCCCAAACGGUUCCACCCUCCAUCGGUGGUUGGUGUCAUGGGCAGUACAGCAGCUACAUCUAAGCUCCUGGGUCUUAGUGCUGCUCAGUGUGUGGAGGCGUUGGGCAUCGCCGCGUCCUACGCAGGAGCCCCCAUGGCCAACGCCGCCACCCAGACCAAACCUCUCCACAUCGGCAACGCCACUCGUAGGGGUCUCGAGGCCUCCCUGCUGGCCCUCUAUGGUUUGGAGGGCAACAAACACAUUCUUGACAUAGACUCGGGGUUCAGGGUGUUCUACAAAGAUUAUACGCCAACAGAGAUAACAAAUGGCAUGCGAGGGGGGCCCUUCAGGUGGGUCCUAGAGGAUCAAGACGUGGCCUUCAAACGUUUCCCGGCGCACCUGGGGAUGCACUGGGUCGCCGAGGCGGCGGCCGCCGUCCGAGAGAAGCUGCUCGGGGAAGACCCCAACUUUGAUUUCGGUCAGGUCAGGAAGGUGACACUGCGGGUGCCCCAGUCCAAGUACAUAGACUGUCCGUUCCCUAAGACCGAGCACGAAGCCAGGCACUCCUUUCAGUUCAACGGCUGCUCGGCGUUGCUGGACGGCCACGUGUCCACGGAUUCCUUCACCGAUGCCCAAAUUGAGAGAAAGACCCUGAAGGACCUCCUGCUCACGACCCAGAUAGAGAACCCAGAGGACAAUCCCUCAAACUUUGACAAGAUGUACUGCGAGGUUCAAGUUCAGACAGCAGAUGGAAGAAUCCAGACUGCGAGGUGUGACACCUUCUACGGUCAUUGGAGGAACCCACUGAAGCAGGUGGACUUGGUGAGGAAGUUCAAAGCCAAUGCUACCACUGUGCUCUCUCUAGAAGUGGCCGAGGACAUUGUCAGCAUUAUAGAUGAUUUGGAGAACAUCCCAGACUGCACAGUGCUUGGCUCAUGCCUUCAAACGAUCGACCAAUCAGCCCGUGGAGCUUCAGUCUGUGGUGCCUAAAUUGCAUUCUCCAAAAACCUGGAAAACUGAACUAAAAACACAAUGUAUACAAAAAAAUUCUGUACAAAGAUAUAUUGCAGAGCAUUUUAGAUUCAGUAUCCUAGUUACAGUAUUUAGCAAAUGCUUUGAUCCAAAGUGGCAUACAGUUGAAAUUGGGGUUAAGGUCCUUGCUUAAAGCCCAACAGUGACCUGACUUUGGUAUUUGAACCAACAAUCUUCCGAUCACAGGAACACUGCUCCCCCCCAACUACUCCAUGAG